AUGCAGAGAAGAGAGAAUGACGAAAACAGAGGCAUUUGUCGGCGGCUGAUCAGAUUCGUGGUGGUAAAACUGAUGGCUGGUCAGAAGCAAGAUAAGUCGGUGAGGAAGAAGCUGAUCAAGAAGGAAUCAAAUUCUGAUAUCACAAUUCAUUUCAAGCAAAGAGAAGACUCAGAUGAUAGCGCAGCUAAUACCUCUAGACCAGAGAGGGAGAGAGAGAAGGUGAUCAUGGUGGUUAAUGGUAGUAACGGAUCAAAGAAGAUGAUGAUACACGGGAAGAGCAUGGUGAGUGAAGCUAGCUUUAUGCGACCGCUAGUCUCUAAGCUUGAAGAUGGGAGAAAAUCACACCCGAAGCCGCUUUUGAAUGAUAUAAACAAGAAAUCAGAUGCUUUUAUCCAGAGUAGACUCGAGAAGAUGAGAAAUAGCCUAUAG